AUGAAUGCAGGUGGUGCUGUGUUUGACUGUGGGCGUGAUCCCACCCAAUGUCAAGCCAACUCUGUUUGCGACAUGGACGCGGGGAUCUGCAUCUGUGACAACGCCACAACCCACACAGGCAGAGACUGCAGCAUCGUCAUAGCGAACAUAGACCAGUCUCCCUGUAGCAACACGACCUGUGAGAACGCCGGCAUCUGUACCGGAGACGGCACCAACUCCAACUGCUACUGCACGGAAGACUUCACCGGCGUCCUCUGUGAAAUUCCACGUUAUCAGUUAGACUGUAGCAGUGGCACCAAUAUGACACUCUCCAUCGUACCCGAGGGGAACUUCGUCAACGGUUCUAUCUUCAUAGAGGGACAUCAAGGUGACGAUAUCUGUGACUUCUCCCAGGCCUCUCCUGGUGACCCCUACAGCCUCACUCUGGCUCACGUCGGCAGUGGCUGCACAGACGCCGACUACAAUGAACUGCAAGACACCUACACGCGGAGAGUGGUGAUUCUGAACAACGGAGACCAGGUGACGAGCCGUGACGAGCUGGUGGUGGUGGUGUGCGGCGACAACAUCCUCACCAAGGAGGCAUCCACAGUCACCGUCGGCAUGCUGAAUCAGGGCCUCCGCGACAAAGACUUGGGUAAUGUUCCCAUCGACAGCGACAUCAAUUUCGACAUGACCCUCGACGGCAACGUCAUCAACGGCGAGCUUAGUUUGGGGGAUGACGUCACUGUUGAAGUAGCCCUGACAGAGCAAGGAAGUCAGAAGUAUCAAGCGUUCCGAUUGGAGGAAUGUUCAGCCAGCAACAACCUGCCCGACACCAACAGCGACUACAGAUCCGCCAACUUCAUCGAAAACAGUUGCCAUGUCCCUGCCCUGGCGUCGGUGACGCUGCAACCGAUGACACUCAACUCCACCACUGGCAGUGUCACCUUCGUAUUUGACGCAUUCAAGUUCAGCAAGGGAGACAAUCUGCUCAUACGUUGCCGAAUAAAGAUGUGCGAGGCAGCAGUGAAUUGUGGUCCGCUGAACUGUGCACUAAGUGGCGAAGAGACUGGUCUUGGUCGGCGACGGAGGAAUGUUGAUACGGAGAAGGUUCUUGGUCGAGUACUUUCCAUCAGAGACCCUUUGCACGCAAAAACUGAAAAGACAUGGAACACAGUACCAGACAAAUGCGACGUAUCCACGGAGAUCAUUGGCGUCAUAAUUGGCUUGUCGAUACUCAUCUUCUUUCUACUCGCCAUCUGCACAACGCUCGUCAUCCGGGCACUCUUCGGCAGCAGGAAGCACGUGCAAAUGGAUCAGUUCAGCCAGUCACCCAAAGCACAUUUGUCACAGUUGGCCUUCCAGGACAGAUGUUGAAUAUCCAUAUUCUUUCCGAACAAUAAUAACUUUCAUUUCUAACAUCAAUGACCGAUUUGUGUCUCAGUCUGUAAAGUUAAUUAUAUGUCAAAUGUUUUCAUGUUAUUGUCAUAAUACAAUGUUGUGCUAAAUAGGACAAUGCUUCACUGA